UGCCCCAGCUGGGCAGUGCUGCUCUGCGCUGCGCCGCGCUCGGUGCCUGCGCUCCCCGCUCCGCGCUCCCCGCCAGCUGCCCCGGGGCAGGAGGCGCGCCUGGCCGGCCAGACAAAGGAGGCGCGGCAGAGCCAGCGCGCGGGCGGACAGACCAUGGACUCUGAGCGCGAGCGGCCGGCCCCUGCGCUGAGGAACCCGCGCUCCCGGGCCCGGCCCUAGGUGCCCGGCCCGCCGCCCCGGGCGCCCAGCGAGGAGGACGCAGAGCCCGCCCGGCGCGGAGGCGGCGGCGGCCGCCGAGCCAGAGGGGCGCCGCGGUGGGCGGCCCGCGCGGCCCCCGGAGCCAUGGGCAAGUGCAGCGGACGCUGCACGCUUGUCGCCUUCUGCUGCCUGCAGCUGGUGGCUGCGCUGGAGCGGCAGAUCUUUGACUUCCUGGGCUACCAAUGGGCUCCUAUCCUAGCCAACUUCCUGCACAUCAUGGCAGUCAUCCUGGGCAUCUUCGGCACCGUGCAGUACCGCUCCCGGUACCUCAUUCUGUAUGCAGUCUGGCUGGUGCUCUGGGUUGGCUGGAAUGCGUUUAUCAUCUGCUUCUACCUGGAAGUUGGACAGCUGUCCCAGGACCGGGACUUCAUCAUGACCUUCAACACAUCCUUGCACCGCUCCUGGUGGAUGGAGAACGGGCCAGGCUGCCUGGUAACACCUGUCCUGAACUCCCGCCUGGCCCUGGAGGACCACCAUGUCAUCUCUGUAACUGGCUGCCUGCUUGACUAUCCCUACAUCGAAGCACUCAGUAGUGCCCUGCAGAUCUUCCUGGCUUUGACUUCAUCGGUGGCUUUGACUCCUACGGAUACCAGGCUCCCCAGAAGACAUCGCAUUUACAAUUGCAGCCUCUAUACACGUCGGGGUAGCUUCUGCCCCGCGCCCACCCUGGCGCCCAGUGCUUGGUGGCUAGACUGACAGCCGCCGCAGCGAGCUCGGGCCAAGAUGGCAGGUGCACACCGGGCAGCUCGCGGACGCCUGCAGCCUGCGCCGCUCGGUCGGCCUGCCGGAAACUUGGACUCACUUGGCCCUUCACAGCACGGACUUCAGGG